AUGACGACCCUCAAAGGACCUGGCGCACCCAAGACAUACGAUGGCUCGGGGCUUCGUAUUGGCAUUAUUCACGCACGGUGGAAUACCACGAUCAUCGAUGCUCUUCUGGACGGCGCGAAGAAGUCUCUCGCUGCUGCUGGCGUGAAGGACGAGAACAUUGUGAUCCAGAGCGUGCCGGGAAGCUACGAGCUCCCGUACGCCGUGAAGCAACUGUAUUCCGCCUCGCAGGUGCAAUCCUCCACGACCGGCAUCGCAGGCGCAGCCGCCGACCUCCUGGGGUCCGUAUCCGACCUCACGCAAACCACCUCCACAUCGAGCUCGAACGACACAUCGCUCAAGACGCCGUUCGACGCCAUCAUCGCCAUCGGCGUGCUCAUCAAGGGCGAGACCAUGCACUUCGAAUACAUCGCCGACGCCGUGAGCCACGGCCUCAUGCGCCUGCAGCUCGAGGGCAACGUGCCUAUCAUCUUCGGCCUACUGACCCUGCUGAGCGACGAGCAGGGCCUCCAGAGGGCGGGCAUCGGCGGAGCGGGGAAGAACGAGGGUCACAAUCACGGCGAGGAUUGGGGUAGUGCGGCGGUGGAGUUGGGUGUCAAGAGGAAGGGUUGGGUGGAGGGCAAGAUCGUGGCAUAG